CUUCUUUUGAACCAACUUUUAUAUAUUGUCUUUUUUUUUUUUUGAGAUGGAUACACAAGAUCAAAAAGCAUCAACCAAGGAUACCAGCAAUGACAACACCAAGGAAGAAGAUAGUAUUGUCCAACAAUUACGCGAACAUCUCACCACAACAUUAGCAGAUCCAUCUGAUACCAAAAGAAUCAAGUCAUUUGUUACUUCACCUGACUUUGUUCAAGUCUUACGGGCGUGUGGGAACCCAACUGAUACCUCUGCUAGUGUACGCGCUGUGUCGUUUAUGAUCCUUACGAAACUCUUCAAUCCUGGGACUGACAAUGAUACCUCAUCUUCUUAUCCUAUCACUUUUAUCAUUGAACAAUGUGCACAGUGCUUUAGUCAUUGUUUAGGCAGUGGGAAAAACGUCGACAAACUUUUAGCUUAUCGUACUUUACAUGCUAUCUUCCAAACAAGUAUUACAGUGGGUGCUGCUAUUUUAUGUCAAGAAGGAGUGGUCGAAGAUAUGAUGGACGUGGUGGAAUUCGAAAUUGAAGAUGUACAGAUGGCGAUUUUGGAAGUACUGGCGAUUGCUUCUGGUGACAAGUCAUGUCGGAAACUGAUUAUCAAAUAUAGUUGUCCAUGGUUGGUCAAGGUGGCUGCUACUAGUCAUGGUAGUAGUAAUGAUGGAAACAAAGUCAAAAAUUGUGGUUAUAGUGAAAGACUCAAAGCAGCAGCUGGAACUACAUUGACUAAACUUCAAGCCCAAACAUCUAUGGAGCCUCAACGACAGAAACAAGAUGGUGGAACUGAAGAUGAUGAUUUGGAUACGUCUUUGGAACAAGCGAUGAAGGGGGUCAAACUUAGUAGUGAUGAUCUUAUGGAAAGUUUGAAAAGUGUAGUAAUCUCUCAAUCAAGUGAUAUGUCAAUAAUGCUUACAGCAGUCGAAGGUCUGGCUUACUCUUCGGUAGAACCUGGUGUCAAGGAAGCUCUUGCUAGUGAUGACACUUUUUUGAAAGCAUUAUCAGCACUUUCUAUCAAUGCAGCAAGUAGGCAUAGCAAUCCAUUACUCUUUGGAAUCGGCACAAUCUUGGCAAAUAUUACUAUGUAUAAACCUAUACUUUCGGAACAACAACGUCAAAUGAAGAAAUUACGGGAUCUGGCGAAUGCAAAAAAAUCAAAAGCGUCAACUGGAGAAGAAGAUGAACGUGAUUCUGACAAGGCUGUAGAUCAACGUGUACACAAAGUAGUGGAUGAAGGAUGUGCUAUGGCUCUGAUGGUAUUAUCAAAGAAUUCAAGUACUAACAUACGUAUGGUGGCAGCUCAGACAUAUUUGAAUCUAGUGACACCUCAAUCAACACGUGGAAAAUUAUUACAACAAGGGAUCGUUAAGGGAUUAUUACCAUUAGCAAUAACAACGAAUAACAAGAACAACAAACAGGAAUUAUAUCAAGUGGUAGCGACUCAGGCAAUAGCAAAAUUGGCCAUUACAACAGAUCCAAGAUUGGCUUUCACAGCAACCCAAAUGCUCGACCUUGUACGACCUCUCCUUAUGUUAUGCAAGGACGACAGUCAAUUAAGACAAUUUGAAGGAUUGAUGGCAUUGACUAAUAUGGCUUCCAUGGAUGAUCAAGUACGGAAUAUGAUUGAAGAUGCGGAUGGUAUGUCAGUAUUUGAAAAUCUUCAACUCUCAUCCAAUGACAUGGUACAACGAGCAGCUACGGAAAUGGUGUGCAAUAUGACCUUUUGUGAACCAGUAUUUGAACGCUACAGUGAUCCAUCAGUACCAGGCUCACAAAAUCGUAUUCGACUGUUGAUGAUAUUAUCAGAUCAUGAAGAUAGUGCUACUCGACGGGCAGCAUCAGGGGCUUUGGCUAUACUUGGAAAUAGUUCUGGUGCAUGUACGAUGAUGACCAAGGUGGAUAAGGGCUAUGAACGCAUAGUACGACUGAUUGAUGAAGAAGAACAAGUAGAGGUACAACACCGAGGAAUCGAAAUCAUCCGCUGUCUAGUGAAUCAUCUUGGAAAAGAAGCUGUGGAAAAAUUGGUCAAGGAACAUGGUGAUAAAAAAUUAGUAGAAAUAGUGAAAAAAUGUCAAGUGAAUGUAAUCCGAGGUGCAGCUAUGGAAGUAUUGAAAUUAUUUGUCCAAAAUGGGGUUGAAUUGAAAGCAUAGAAUAAAAAAUGUGUGCUACGGCAUCGUUGUUUGAAAUUA